CAGGCAGAGAGAGUUCUGCUCCCAACUUACUUCAUGUCACUACUAGCGGAAAACCACGGGGAUACGCGCUUUUAAAAAGCCACUAGAGCCGAAAACGGAAUUUAUGGCAGCCCGGGGACUGUAAGCGAAGAGAAGACUGGAUUUUUUGUUUCCUCUCAGAUGGGAAUGUAGCUUAGCUGGUUAGCCUGGCCACUAGCAGUAGCAAGUUAGCUCUGUCGAAGAGCGGAGGCGACACAAGUGGGCUUUUACUUGCUAAAGCGUCAUAACACCUCUACAAACCGCCCCAGUCUUUCCAAAGAGGUGUUUCUGGAGGCGUCGCCGUCACAGAAACAGAGACUCGGGACUGAAUUUGGGCUGACUGAGAGGAACUUAGCGUUACCGUUUUAGCUAGCUGGCUAGCUGGCCGUCACGUCAAUCUGUCAACCGAACCCGAAAUCCCAACCGGAUAGUUCGAGCCAAAUACCGGGGACCUGAACAUUUCCUCCGGUGACACACGAGCCUCAGGGAAAGUGGACUAAUAGCCAGUAACCCGAGAGGAAUCGCUCGCGGUGGGUUAACGGAACCGGUUUGUGCGGCCGGAGGGACAGUCAGAGUUUCUGAAGUUCAUCAACUGCGAGCCGGGGACGGAACCGGACAGAGACCUCAUGAAUGGAAAUCGGAACUACAGGAGCCGUUGGGGCCCAGUCCCUGUUCUCCAUGCCACGGAGGCCCGGCUAUGGCACCAUGGGGAAACCUAUCAAACUGCUGGCCAACUGCUUCCAGGUGGAGAUCCCAAAGAUGGAUGUCUACCUGUACGAGGUGGACAUCAAACCAGAGAAGUGUCCACGGAGAGUCAAUAGGGAGGUGGUGGACUCCAUGGUGCAGCACUUUAAGGUCACCAUCUUUGGGGAUCGAAGGCCAGUUUAUGAUGGGAAGAAAAGUCUGUACACCGCCAACCCACUUCCUGUGGCACCUGCAGGGGUGGAUCUGGAUGUCACGCUGCCAGGUGAAGGGGGCAAAGACCGGCCCUUUAAAGUCUCAAUUAAGUUUGUGUCUCUGGUGAGCUGGCACCUGCUGCACGAGGUGCUAACCGGGCGCAGUAUGCCAGAGCCGCUGGAAUUGGACAAGCCAAUCAGCACCAACCCAGUGCACGCUGUGGAUGUGGUGCUUCGCCAUCUGCCCUCCAUGAAGUACACACCCGUAGGCCGCUCGUUCUUCUCCGCCCCGGAGGGUUAUGAUCAUCCUCUAGGUGGCGGUAGAGAGGUGUGGUUCGGUUUCCAUCAGUCUGUUCGGCCCGCCAUGUGGAAAAUGAUGCUCAACAUUGAUGUGUCAGCCACGGCUUUCUACAAAGCACAGCCAGUCAUUCAGUUCAUGUGUGAGGUCCUGGACAUCCACAACAUUGACGAGCAGCCUCGGCCCCUCACAGACUCCCACAGAGUCAAAUUCACCAAAGAAAUCAAAGGUCUGAAGGUGGAGGUGACCCACUGCGGGACCAUGCGGAGGAAGUACCGCGUCUGCAAUGUGACCCGCCGGCCUGCCAGCCACCAAACGUUCCCUUUGCAGUUGGAGAACGGCCAAACUGUAGAACGAACAGUAGCUCAGUAUUUCAGAGAGAAGUACAACCUGCAGCUCAAGUACCCUCACCUGCCCUGUCUACAGGUGGGACAGGAGCAGAAACACACAUACCUGCCUCUGGAGGUUUGCAAUAUUGUAGCAGGGCAGCGGUGCAUCAAGAAACUGACAGAUAAUCAGACGUCCACCAUGAUCAAAGCCACGGCGCGCUCAGCACCAGACCGACAGGAGGAGAUCAGCAGACUGGUGCGCAGCGCUAACUAUGAAGCCGACCCCUUCGUGCAGGAGUUUCAGUUUAAGGUCCGGGAUGAGAUGGCCCACGUGACAGGGCGCGUGUUGCCGCCCAUGCUGCAGUACGGGGGCAGGAACCGCACUGUCGCCACACCAAGUCACGGCGUUUGGGACAUGAGAGGAAAACAGUUUCACACCGGCGUGGAGAUCAAGAUGUGGGCCAUCGCCUGCUUCGCCACACAGAGGCAGUGCAGAGAGGAGAUCCUCAAGGGUUUCACAGACCAGCUGCGCAAGAUCUCAAAGGAUGCUGGGAUGCCGAUUCAGGGUCAGCCGUGUUUCUGUAAGUACGCGCAGGGGGCCGACAGCGUUGAGCCCAUGUUUAGACACUUGAAGAACACUUACUCUGGGCUGCAGCUCAUCAUCGUCAUCUUGCCUGGAAAAACCCCUGUCUAUGCGGAAGUGAAGCGUGUUGGAGACACUCUUCUAGGAAUGGCCACUCAGUGUGUGCAGGUGAAGAACGUGGUAAAAACCUCCCCGCAGACGCUCUCCAACCUCUGCCUCAAAAUCAACGUCAAACUCGGCGGCAUCAACAACAUCCUCGUGCCGCAUCAACGGCCGUCAGUUUUCCAGCAGCCAGUCAUCUUUCUGGGGGCGGACGUUACACAUCCCCCUGCAGGAGAUGGGAAGAAACCAUCCAUCGCAGCGGUGGUGGGCAGUAUGGACGCUCAUCCCAGCAGGUAUUGUGCCACAGUGCGCGUCCAGAGACCCCGUCAGGAGGUCAUUCAGGAUUUGUCCUCAAUGGUGCGAGAGUUACUCAUCCAGUUCUACAAAUCCACUCGCUACAAGCCCACCAGAAUCAUCUUCUACAGGGACGGCGUUUCUGAGGGCCAGUUCAGACAGGUGUUGUAUUAUGAGCUGCUGGCCAUUCGAGAGGCCUGUAUCAGCCUGGAGAAGGAGUACCAGCCUGGCAUCACGUAUAUAGUGGUGCAGAAACGCCACCACACACGCCUCUUCUGUGCCGACCGCAACGAGAGGGUGGGUCGCAGUGGAAACAUUCCUGCUGGUACGACGGUGGACACAGAUAUCACACACCCCUACGAGUUUGACUUUUACCUCUGCAGUCAUGCUGGAAUACAGGGCACCAGCAGGCCCUCCCACUAUCACGUCCUGUGGGACGACAACUGCUUCACUGCUGAUGAGUUCCAGCUGCUCACCUACCAGCUGUGCCACACGUAUGUGCGCUGCACCCGCUCCGUCUCCAUCCCCGCGCCAGCCUACUACGCCCACCUGGUGGCCUUCCGCGCCCGAUACCACUUGGUGGACAAAGAACACGACAGUGCCGAGGGAAGCCACGUCUCCGGACAGAGCAACGGCCGGGACCCCCAAGCGCUGGCCAAAGCUGUGCAGAUUCACCACGACACCCUGAGGACCAUGUACUUUGCCUAAGCCAGCUCACAUUCAUCUAGUCAUGCACACAAACCCGACAACCACACACACAUGCUGACACACACACACACCUCCCAGAAUCCUGUGCGUCCUGAAGGGUCGAUCUCUGUGGGGAUAGAAGCACGGCCCACCCGACACUGUGCAGCAGGGCGAGGAAGGCCUUUAAGGAAGCCGACCUGCUUUAAAUCCACACAUGGACCUCGGCACUAUUAUGCAAUAUUAAACCAGCCAACUGAGGCCGUUCUGUCAGACCCCCCUCCAAAACCAAAAGGGAAGUCCGUCUGUAUAUCCCUCCCGCUCCUCUUCCUGUCUAAAACGUCACGUUUUAAUCACUCCCCCCCUGCCUGUCACGCCUUGUACCUCAACGUCUUUUCUAACAGCACUUUCCCCCCCCAUUUCUCUCUUAAUGUACCCCCCCCCCAAAUGAGAUGCGAAUGGAAGAAAAGACUGAGUCCGGAAGUUUUGGGGAGUUUUAAGGCAUCACAUGCUCUUACUACUACUACUACUACUAUGUACUUUUCUCCCCUUCUCGAUUAUUUUUGUAGCCAAUGGUGACUUAACUACGUGUUGAAAGUGUCCGUUGUGAAGAACCAAUCGUGCGUUAGAAUUUUAAAGCAGAAUUAUUGUUAGAAAAAGUGCCAUUGCCGAGCGUAAAGUCCUUUAUGACGUACCCCCACAGUGGGGAAGAAAGCUGACCGUUAGCAUAUUUUACGCUCCGUAAUAUCUGUGAGCUUUCAUUGUACCUAUGACGCAAAGUGAUCAUGUUUUGAUAUGCUUUUUAAAUCGGCCGAUAUUCCCUCCAAUAUUUAUUUGUCUCGAUCAAACGCAGCUCCUCUGUCGUGUUCACUUCCUUUCAGCACUUUUGUCUCAAUUUUAAACCAACAAAUGCAUAGUCUGUGUUGUGUGACAGAUCAUAGUUUAGUGCAAUAAUCCAUUAAGCGGGAUGAGAAUACCUCCAGUGCAAAGAUUCACGGUUUGCUAUUUGGGGAAGAGAAUUAAAAAGGCAGCCGAAUGCGCGAUUGGUUGGUUUUUCGGAUGGAGGUGUGAAUUGUUGGCACUUUUAUAGUUUAUUUUUCGAAAGUAGGAUGAUCGAUGGCGUGUUAACAAGUGCCUGCUAGAAAUGCUUGACGUUGGGAAGUUGAAACAGAAAUUUAGUUCAACCCGAAAGGCGCCACAUUCGACUGGACGGCCUUAAUAAAAUCGCAAGCCAGAGCGCUUUCAACUUUAAGUUUUGUUUCUCACUGCCCUGCCUGUUCAGAGGAUUUCGCUGCUAUUGUACUUGGAGUCAGACUGGCUGGUCAUGCUUCAGCAUGAGGGACUGAUCGGCAAGCUCUUGUGUUUGUGUUUAUGUGGAGAAGCUCCGAGCACUUGAUGUGUGCUCGUUCACUGGAGGGCCACUAGGGUUCAGUAUAGUGUUUUACUUGAAGAGUGCAUCUCAGUGCAGUGAGCGUUGGGUGCCUUACCGUCUCUCUGCGCACCAUCUGAAGCAUGUCCAGCUGUUUAAAGGUGAUAAUCUGCACUAAGUAAUGCGUAAUGCAUGGUGCUAUUAGGUGCGGCCCAUGGCGGCAUCAGCAAUUGGUUAUUUGCCGGAGACUUAAUUUGUAAGAUGGGAACAUGGGAUGCAUAAAUGGUGCUGGUUGCAUGUAUUUCUCUCACUCUCUGAAGAGACAUUUGUCGUCAGGACAGACGUUUGGUCGUUUUUUUUUUUUUGUAUGUUUUGAUUUUAUUAUGUUGAAAGGUACAGCACUGUGGCCAGUCGGAGUAUGAUUAUGGUUGAAUGAAGUGCGGGAUGCUUUAAUGCAUAAUUAGGACUUUGAUGUGAUUUUUAGUCCCAAAUUUUUGCAGCUUAACCCUCUAUACAAUUACAGUUUUCCUCAGUGGCUUUGCUGCAUUUCUCACAACACUAUUUACAUUUGCACGACAGCUAAUGGGUUUUCUCAAAAUAAUUAGUAUAAACUGCAAAACCUAGUUGAUAACCUGCAGAAGCGUGUCACUUGCUCAAAAUGGAGAGCUCAUUCCUCAAAAGCAAGUAUUGAUGUCAAUGAAAGUGUCAGUGUCAUCACGAUGAAAAGUCCUGACACCAUUGUUUAUGAACUAGAUAGUCAAAUGGCUGUCAUGUUUUCACUAUGACAGUUUACUCUUCAUUAUUUCCAAUGCAGAAUAGUCAGAUUUUGGUGACACAUCCUGAAAAUGCUCAAGACAGCACUACAGUAUACACUAUCUGCACAGCCAUCUGAAAACUACAGUAAAGUUAUACAUCACUGCAUUUACUGAGGUAUCGGAGUUCAAGACACUCAAUAUGUAUGUUUCACAUUUUUACUGCGUAUGCUCUUUGCAUUCCUAAUUUAUUCACAGCAUUGUGCAAAAGAAUACACACACCCUUAUUUACAACAAACAUAAACUCCCUUUAGGUAGAGCUGUGCACAACUGUAGACAAUAUUGCAGUACAUAUUAAAACUGAACCUACAACACACACAGGCCUGUAAAUCAUUCAUGAAAUUGUUCAAUUUAGAAAAAAGAUUUAACAUUUUUUAUGAAAUUAGCUUGACAGAUUUUGACAACUAGUUCAACAUUUUAGUAUGUAAAGACUCCAGUAAUGAAAUGAGGACUAUUAGUUUUAUAUGGAAUGACUAUUCAGCCUUCACAAGUUUAUUUAAUUUUGACUGACAUGACAUAAGCAGAUGAUAAUGUUAUAAACAGCAGAGAGUCGUAUGAAAGCAGUUGAUGCAUGUCCAAAAGCAUUUGCAAUUUGUUGGAAGGAAUGAGAAACUGCUACUGUGAUGUGCACAAAUGACUAAUUGUUUUGAGAAAUGCAUGAACUGUUGUGCAAAUGUAAAGAGUGUUGUGAAAAAUGCACCAAAGCCACUGAGAAAAACUGUAAAUUGCCAUUGGCUUGUAAAUUGUAGGUUCCCUGUCUCGAUGUAGAGGGUUGCAGUUCUUAAAUUCUAAUAUAUACAGUUGAAGAUGAAAUUAUUAAUAUUAAUUAGCCCUCCUGUUAAAUAUGUUCAAGUAUUUCCCAAGUGCUUUUUAAACAGAGCAAGUGAUAUAUUUUUUCCCACAUUGUUAUAGUUUUAUUUAGAAAUAAUAUAAACAACACUGCUAGGGUCAUUUUUAUUAGAUUUUAUUUCAAUGGGCUACAGUUAAACAAACCACUGUUGUCCAAGGACUUGCCUAAUUAUUCAAAUUGAGCCAUUAAUUUGCACUUUAAGCUGAAUACCUGUAUCUAGCAAGAUAACUAGAAAAUAAAUGUUCUGUCAUCAAAAGUUAAAACGUUAUUAAAUUGUAGGGCUGCAUGAUUCUGGCUAAAAUGAGAAUCACGUUUUGUUUUUGCUUCAAAUCAAGCUCAUUAUUUUCUCACGAUUCUGUAGUGGUAAAAUAAAGGUUAAUAUGAGCAGGCUAUUAUUAUUGUUAUUACUCAAACAUAGGGUAAAACAUUUAUAAUAAUAUUAUGUGUAUGUCUACUGUUGGUUAAAAUGCUAUGUUUUGUGUAGAGUUGGACCGGUGGACUUGAACACACUUUAAAUUUGUCCUGGUCAUUAAUGCACAGUAACAGUGGCGCCUGCAGCUGUACGCACUGUGCGUACCUACCAUGAGACGACGUGAAUUGAAGCAGAGUAUUUAUUUAUUCAUUAAUUUUUUUACAUUAUUUUAAUUGAUUAUUAAACAGUAUACACUACGAUACAUUGACGAAGCAAGAAAGAAUGAGAAUAAAUAAAGGUGUGCGUUUGCAUGGUGGGAGAUGAGUAAAGAAAUCUAUUGGCUUUAGUUUUGCUGGCUGUUUUUCCGCACACUAAAAAAUACAAUUCAGAUAGCUAUUGUUUAAAACAAGGUUCAAAAUGAGUUAACGCUCUUUAAAACAGCUGAACUUAAUUGAGACAUUCGCCGAAAGGCCUAAAACUAAUAAGACAAAUAUUGCUUCCUCACACGGGGUGGAGACAGGCAAUCUCGUCAGCACCUGAGCCGGGGGAACUCCAGGUCCAGCCCGUGGCUGUGCAGCCUCCUCGCAUGAAACUGCCACCAUUUAAGGCGUUUUAAACUUACUUUACAUUUUUUUCUGACAGACUGGCACAAAUUAGCUGACAUCUUCAUUCUCACAUCAAGUUUCUGAGUUCUCUCACCCUUCCAAAAAAGUUUGGUUUGGAAGCACUUCACAUCAGAUGUUAUUGGUUAUACUUGUUUAUCUAGUAGAUAACUGACCAACAAAAAAUAAAUUCAAAUUAAGAUACAUUGAUGUCUCAUUUGCGGCAAUGCCCUUAAUUAAUGUAGCCUUUGACAGCAAGCAUCAGUUUGUUUUGAGAUUGCAAUAAGAAUAAAGGAUGAGGCGUGGGGUGGUGCUGGAUAUGUGCGUACCUUGGAAUAAAAUCCUGCAGGCGCCCCUGCACAUUAAAGUGAUGGUAUCAGAAUAUUCAAUUAAAUUAAUGUUUAUUUCUAUAGCGCUUUUUACAAUGUAGAUUGUCAAAGCAGCUUAACAUAUUUCUAGUAAAGUGCAGAUUUCAAGCACAGUUCAGUGUUGUUUAAAUUUCACUGCUAAAAGUUCAAACACUGAAGAGCAAAUCUAUCGAUGCGAAGCUCCACAAGUCCCAAUCCGAGCAAGACAGAGGCGAGGAAAAACUUCAUGCUAAUAAUACUAUUCAUAACUCUGAAGUUGAAUUAUUAUGUUUGAGACAUAUGCUUGCAAUCUGUCAUUGACAACAUUAUUAGACCAUUUUUUCUCCACUGGUAAAAUUAGACAUUUGUCAUUUUCAGCUUUCCUCGCAUUAUAUUCAACAUUAUAUAGGCUAGAUUAGAUAUACUGACACUGUUACUUGUUUAUUGUCAUACACAACACUCUGUGUUCACUAUUAAAAAAAAAAAAAAAAAACAUAUCAAAUGCUUAUCGUAAUCAUAACUCUGUUCACUGAAGUAGACUUCAUUAGCUGGCACACGUGUCCUCUCUGUGGUAAAACACAGCUGACGGUCAGCCCUUAUGGGAUUUCGUGUCCGCGAAUACAUUAUUACAUGAAGACAGAAAUACAUUUUUGGCUGAAUCAUACCGUAUAAAUAAAGUAUGUGACUCUUAACACCAUUUGGAGGUGUCCACGUUGUUGAACAACGUAUAUAAAACAAUGUCAAGACUCUUGCAACCACCUUUUCUCCAGACCUUGAAAAUAUAAAUGGCUGAAUCGUAGAAUUGCUGUAGAAAAGAUAGUGUGGGGGUCGAAUCGAGAUUGUGAUCUUUUUUCCAUUAAUCGUGCAGCCCUUUUGAAUUGUUUAAAACUAGGUUUGAAAAAAAUCUUCUCUCCAUUUAAACAGCACUUGGGAAAUGUAAAAUGACAUACGUCAGAGGAGACAAUAGUAUUGUCUUCAACUGUAUAUAAUGUAUUUUAAAUAAUGACCUGAUAAACAUUUGUUAAAGUCAGCAAGCUAUAUAGAGUGUUUAGUGCAGGGGUGUCCAAACUCGCUCCUGGAGGGCCGGUGUCCUGCAGAUUUGAGCUUCAACUUGCUUAAACACAUCUGCACGGAUGUUGCUAGGAAGCCUAGUAAGAGCUUGAUUAGGUGUGUCUGAUUGGGAUUGGAACUAAACGUUGCUAAAACUUAACUAAAGUUUGGGCACCCCUGGUUUAGUACAUGUAAAAGUGUGCAUUAAAGGUACAGCAUGCUUUACGCCCAUCUAAAGUGGUUUGAAUGAUGCAUAAGCAUCAAAACUGCGGCUGCUGAAAUUGUGCCCUUCUAUAUUCCACCUUCCCCAAUGAAACCACUAUUGGUGCUUCAGAGCCUUGGAAGUAAAACCGUGAGUGUGUGGCUGCCAAACUGCUAUCAGUUUCACAAGCAAUCUUGAUGAGGUGUCAUGCAAUUUUAUUUUUGUGUAGAGCUAACUUUAAAAGAAAAAAAAAAUAUAUAUAUAUAUGUAUAUAUUACCUUAUUACUAACACUUGCCUAAUAUUUUGGCAAGAAGUGUCUCUUUAAAGGAAUAGUUCAGUUAGAAAUAAUAAUUAUAAAUUGUUUACUUGCCCAUAUGUUGUUUCGAGCUUGCAUGAGCUGCUGUUUAAUAGCUUAUUUUCCGUUAAUUGUGGAGCUUGAUAGUACAAAUAAGUCAAAUUUUGCUGCCAAAGUCAAUAGCCAGGUUUCCAUCCACAUAUUUAUGUGCAAAUUUUGGAAUGUUGCAUAAAAAUAAAAUCUUAUUGGAGACACCAAGAUGUGCAUAACAGAGUAGGUUAAACUUUUUUUUUUUUAAACAAAAGUUUACAUAAACCACUAUAAAAACACAAUUACCAAAUAAAUUCUUGAAUGUCCUUUAAAAAAAUCAAUCAAUUUGAACUGAUCAUGUGAUGAUAAUGUGCAUGAUGGGACGCAUUAAUGGAUCAUAGAAGUUCUAGCAAACUAAAACUGUCAGUCCAGUUUUCAGAGUUCAAGUUUAGUUUAGUUCAGUUCAGUGUGGCUUAAUUUCACUGCUGAAAGUUCAAACACUGAAGAGCAAAUCCAUCCAUGUGCAGCUCCACAAGACCCGAACCAAGCAAGCAAGCCAAUAGCGACAAUGGUGAGGAACAAAACUUCACCAAUUGACGAAAGUGAAGGGAAAAAAUAAACCUUGAGAGAAGCCAGGCUCAGUUGGGGAUGGCCAUUUCUCCUCUGGCCAAACUUUUUGUGCUGAGCUGCACUAGGUGCCGGAGUCAUCACAGUGGUUCAGUAUUUUUAUUAUUAUUAUUAUUAUUAUUAUUAUUAUUAUAUCCUUAUUAGCUCCAGAACUAUCUUGAGCAUCUGUCUGAGCUCAAAAAGAGUGGCUCACGCCUCCAAAAGCCACCGCAUUGCGUUCAUUGCGUUUUGUCAUUGAUUUCUGAGAUGUAACUCAUUUAAUCUACAAGAAAUAAGGCCCACAUUGGCUUCUCCUACCACUGCAGAUUCAGUUUUUCUUAUUGAUGUUUGCCAUCAGUUUAUCAGCAUGUGACAAUUUAGUUCUCUUUGACUUAUUGGAUUUAUUCAAAAAUGUUUUAUGCAGUAUUCCAGUUGUCUACAUAAGUCUAAUUCGCAUCUUUGGAUGGAAACAGAGCUAUUGUUAUUGCAAAAACCGCACAAGCCUGGAAUGACAUACGGGUGAGAAAUUGAAUGCAAUUUAAAUUUUUACCUGCAUGAUUCCUUUAAAGCUCCAACACGUAUUGCCUCAGUGCGUUUAACUGAAGACUGUCGAUAGUGUGUGUGUGUUGUUGUUGUUGGAGUUUCUGUGCUAGCAGAUGUUGUGAAGAAGGGCCAUCGCUUUGUAGCACACUUGAGUUUAUUGCCUGACUGAAUGGCUUCCGUUAAAAACGAAGAUAAACGGCCAAGUCAGACACGGUGUACUUUCCUCGAUCCUCUCGUCUUGUCUUUGAUUUUAGCGCUUUUUUUUGGGAGGGUCUUCUUCUUUUAGGGUCUAAAACGUAACACGAGUUCAAAGUUCAUAGAAAGUGCCUUUCCUCAUGAUGGUGCUGAAUAAUCUGAGACUAAAGUGAGAAAUCAAAGAGCAUAUUAGUCUUAUUCUUACCUUGAAGAAGGUGUUGCACACGCAAACACGCAUGAACACAUUUGUAUCUCCACCGGGAGGCUGGUAAUGGUGCCUCUUUGUAUAUUCAGAUAUUAUAUGAUGAUGAAAUAUGCCAAGUAUACGAGCAGACGGUUGUAUCAUACUGUAUUAAGAGUCCGGACCAAUGCAAUGGAAGGGUUCAUAUGUGCUACCUUUAGAUGAAGGGCAGAGCGGACACUCAUUUGACACACAGCCUGACCCUGGACAGAAAAGCCUAGCACAGCACUUUAAAGACUGCCACCCAAACAAGAAAGCAAAGUCAGAGCGCUUUGCUCUCCUUUUUUACUUUAUUUCACCCCCAUAAGCCCCUGUUUUCAUCUACUCCAGCAAAAGUCGCUUUCUAGCACUUGAAAUCUUUGCUGAGGGGAACUUGAGCGAGAUUAUUUGAGGUUUAGAGUGGGCCACCAGUGACGUCUUAUUUUAGAUUUCACUAUACACACCCUAACACUCAAAUUUUUUUUGAAACGGGCUCAUUUUACAGCUCCCCUCAAUGAAACAGUAGAGUUUUACCAUUUUUUUAAUGCAUUCAGCCAAUCUCUGGGUCUGGUGGGAGCCAAUUAUAGCUUAGCUUAGCAUAGAUCAUUGAAUCAGAUUAGACCGUUAGCAUCUCGCUCAAAAGACCAAAGAGUUUCAAUAAUUUUGCUAUUUAAAGUUCGACUCUUCAGUAGUGUACUAAGACCAUUGCUAUUACUACUAAAGUUACUAGUACAAGGAACUAUACUAGUAUUCUGGCGCAAUAAUCAAGGAGUUUUGUGGUUGUAUUAUGGCUGCAAUAUUAGGCCUGAAUUUAAUCCCUUUUACUACUAAAAAGUUGCUAUUUGUGGUAGGAACUAGUACUAAGAAUUAUACUCGUAUUCUGGCAUAAUAAUCAAGGAGAUUUGCGGCUGCAAUAGGAGCAAUAUUAGGCUUGAAAAUAAUCCCUAUUACUAAAAAGUUGCUAUUUUUAGUAGGAACUAGUACUAGGAACUAUACUGGUAUUCUGGCGUAAUAAUCAAUUAGUUUUGCGGCUGUAUUAUGGCUGCAAUAGGUGCAAUAUUAGGCCUGAAAGUAAUCCCUAUUACUACUAAAAAGUUGCUAUUUUUUAGUAGGAACUAGUACUAGGAACUAAUCUUGUAUUCUUGUGUAAUAAUCAAGGAGAUUUACGGCUGUAUUUUGACUGCAAUAGGCGCCAUAUUAGCCCUGAAAAUAAUCCCUAGCAGCAAGCGCUACACUGCACAACCAGUUACAAUCUGUGUAAUGUCAUCGUAAAACUCUUUUGUCGUUUUUAAAGAAAGAUGCCAACGGUCUAAUCCGAUUCAGUGGUUUAUGCUAAGCUAAGCUAAACUUUUUCCUGGAUUAAAAAAUGGCAAAUCUCAAUUGUUCAUUUCUAUUUCCUGAAAAUAGUCCCUAGCACUGCAGCGCCAGUUACAGUCUGUGUAAUGCCAUUUGUGAAACCGUUUGGUCAAUUUUUAAAGCAAGAUGCUAACGGUCUAAUCUGAUUCAAUGAUUUAUGCUAAGCUAAGCUAAAAGUUGUCCUGGAUUUUAAAAAAGGGCAAAUCUCAAUUGUUCAUUUCUAGGAGAGCUGUAAAAUUAGCCUAUUUUCAAAUAUAAAAGUGAAGUGUUCCUUUAAAACUGAUUUUAGUUGACGUUGUAGUGGUUGUUCGCUCCCUCUCAGUGUGCAGUGGCCCUUGUGAGUCUACAUGCAUAUACAGUUCAUGUGUUCAAUGCAAUCGAUUGGCUUGUAUUUUGUCACAGUGGGUGGCUGUUAGUCCAGGAGGAAAUACCUCGAUGAGAGAUCGCAAAAACACUGCACCUCACUUACCUUGGUAUGCUGCAAACGAUAGUGGAAGAAACUGCAAACGGGUGAAUCUCACGAAACCACGUGUCCUGCUCACAUUUAAUGCAAGAAGGGGGAGAAGAAAUACUUUAGCAUUGUUUUUAGGAGAAUUAAACCCAUUCCUCCCUAAAUUCUCAUCAUUGUGUCAUAUGCAACACAUUUUUCUCUUAUAAUUCUCAUUGUUGCAAUGCAAAAAAAGGAUAAUAUUAAAGCUGAAAUGCAUUUAUUCAUUGCAGUAAUGUUAGUUGCAUUGCAUUUACUUUAUGAGGAUUUAAUGGAAUGAAUGUUUAGAGAGUAUAUGCUUCAUGCAGAGUUCAGACUGCACAAUUUUCAAAGUAGCCACGUCACGUAUGUUUUCAAACUGACUCUCAUUAGCAGUCCGUCGCUGCUGUUUAUUCUGCAAGAUGGAUCGGCGACAGGGGGUUUCACAUGACAUUACAAUAGAAGAAUCUACAACUUUGUCUCGGCCCGCAAACUAUGUCUAACAACCAAACACAUGCAAGAAGUGACAUGAAAAUAACGUGAGGUCACAGUAUAUCUGGUAUUAACUACAUAAUGAGAAGAAAUCCUUUAGUGGGGUAGAAAAUGUACAUAUUUUGCUCAUCUGGGUUUUGAAGGGAAUUAGCGAUUUCUCUCAAACUUUUUUUUCUUUUUCAAGCCGGUUGUGGUAUUGCUCAGAUGACACGUCAAACAGACACGAAUGCUCCUGCCAAAUUUACACUAGUUUUUCCUCCAUUUCUUGGGUCCAAAUAGACCAAUAAGAAACACUUAACUUCUCCCCCAACCUUCCGCUGGCCUGCAGGUACCCAUACGAGUGGAUGCUGCUCUCUUAUUGGCUGUAGACAAUUGCGGAUGUUAUUUUCAAUCAGAGCACAUUUCACACGACAUGAUUUUGAAUCGCUGAAGCUCUAGAUAUUUAGCAUGGUAAAUAUCUCAGGGGUGUCGGCGACACAUUGGCGAUUCUCUCAGAUGGCGUCUUUGAUCGUUCACACUGUGUUAUUGUCACUCAUGUGAACGAACACCGAUUUGCCUGUGAUUUCAACCAAUCGUCUGCGAUUUCUCCAAAAUCCAGUUGGCGAGUCAAAAUCAGGGCUAAAAUCCUGCAGUCUGAACUCGGCAUUAAUUGUUGCAAAAAUUGCUUAUUAAAGUGGGCUUUAAUCAAUAUUUAGCAAAUUCCGUUGCAAAGAAAGAGGUUUCAAUAUUAAAAGUUCAUAAUAUUUAACUUUUUAAACUGUUAAAUUAAUAAUUUAAUUAAAUUGUAAAUAAAUUAAACACUGAUUUAAUUAAUGUAAUUAGGUUUUCCUAACAAAAAAGUUGCAUUUAAUUUCAGUUAAUCUUUAUUUCUGCAGUGCUUUUUACAAUGUAAAUAAAAGUUAAAAUGGCUUCAGUUCUGUCACAGUUGACGACAAGUUUAGUUAAUUAAUAUCGAAGAGUAUGCCAUAAUAUAAUAGAAUAGUUUCUCAUGCCUCGUUCACAGUAGUAACGACUUUGUAGCGCUGCCUGUCGCUCUGGGUGUUGAGGUCUGUGUAGGUCUUAACAGCAUGAAUACUUAGCAAGCUGAGAGAGGAUCACGUGAGCUCUACUGGUGCUCCUAUUGGCUCAAGAAAGUCGCUCUUCAUUUGCAUAAAGUUGAAGGAUUCUCAGCUUUGUCGUGUUGCUCGACACGCCCACCUGGACCAACGGUCGCUUGUGUAGACUGAGGUCGCCUUAAGUCGCUCUCUCCAUUAAAAUGAGCGAUCACAUGUCACUGCGAGUCGCUUAUAGUGUGAAUGAGGCUUCAUGCAAAACGUAAAUUCUUCCGUUUCCUUGUGACUUUGGGAAGGACACAUGCUUUCGAGAUUCACCCAGAUAUUAUUACUUUGAUUACAGUGUAAUGCUUGACUAAUGCCUGACAACAUUAUCUUUAACCAUUUUAGAGCGAGAAGUCUAAUUGUAAGAAAACAAAGCUAUUAUUUUUUAAAAUCAUAACACGUAUCUUCUUUUAUUGAGCCAACGUUUAUUUUGUUGUCCUAUUUAAAUGUGUUGUUUUUUUUUUCUUUUAAUAUAUUGGAAAUAUAUAUGGGAAAUAUUUAACGGUGUAUUUAUUGAGGGAGUGCUUAUUAUUAUAACGCGGCUGGAGAAUCCGCAGAGUUCGAGCUCUCACACACACACACACACAAACAAACACAUAACAAGCACAACCACAAGCCUGACGUGUCUUUUCCAGAUCAUCUCAUCUCUGAGGGACGGAGAAAACACGCUGACUUUAUUCCACACACAUUCAAAGCUGACCGUUUCGUUUCAUCCAGAGCUGCUAAAACUCUUGAUUAGCCAUACACGUUUCCCUGGAAGGAUGUUCAGAAUCGUCCGGUGCUUUCAAUGGAGUCACGGUGUUUGUCAUUUGCUUGAGUUUCAUCGUCUUCGUGCCAGAGAGAGGGUCCCAUUCCACUCAGAUAUAUAUGAAUAUAAAUAUAUAUAUAUGAGCCUCAGCCUUAACUGUACUCGUAUUUCCAAUUCGACGCCUUUAGUUGUGCGUAGAGAAGCAACUACUAACUCACUACGCGGCAUCUAUUAAACCACUAACUGUGCGACAACAAAACAAACAUAAAAAAAACAUGCAUUUUCGUCGCAAAGCAUUGCAUUUUGGAUUUCGGAGGACAUGCUCAUUUUCCAAGAGGACAGAGGCAUCGAGUUAUGGACGACGUUGCACCAAAAUGGCUGAACGGCUCUUAAAAAUGUUUACAAAACGGUUUACUGCUAAUGCGACGCUCCAGCAUUCCACUGACGGACUGUGAACCAUCCAAUGCAAACGUGUUUUUCUGUCAUUUCACGUCUCUUGGUACCAGAGCAUCUUUUCCCUGUGCUUAUACGAAAGAGCCAAAGUUCAGCCGCGGCGUGUGUGUGUUUUAUUUUAUUCUUUCGUUUUUCCGUGAUCUCCGUGUCUCUGUCCUCUCCUCUCUCCUUUACGGAGUCUCUCUGACGUACCAAGGGAUCUUUCUUUUAAUUUCAGAUGUCUUUCUUUGUUUAAUAAUACUCUCUUUGUAGAUCAAUGGCCUUUUAGUGUUGCUUUGCUUCAGUUUGGAGUGUAUCUUUCACUAAUACUUGCAAUAAAAAGCUUUGCUUUUGAAACACA